AUGGAAACCUUCCGCUCCCUCUUCACCAAACCCGACCCUCAAGCACAGGUGCGCAAAUGCAACGCCCUCCUCCGCCAAAACAUCCGCCGCAUCGACCGCGACAUCCUCAACGCCCGCGCAAUCGAAACCAAAACCAAAAACCUCAUCCUCGCAGCCGACAAACGCGCCCAACGCCUCGGCCCAAACCACCAGCAAACCAAGCAAGCCCAGCGCGAAAUCCGCGACUUCGCCCGCGAGCUCGUCAAGCGCCGCAAGGAGACCAACCGUCUCCACACCUUCAAAGCCCAGCUCACCUCCGUCCAAAUGCAAGUCAAUGAAGCAUUCGCCCUCCGCAAGAUAGAAGGGAGCAUCAAAGCCAGCGUCGGCAUCAUGAAGGACGUCAACACCUUGAUUCGCCUGCCCGAGCUGGCGGGGACGAUGCAGGAGUUGAGUGUGGAGUUGAUGAAGGCGGGGAUUAUAGAGGAGAUGGUCGGGGAUGCGCUGCCCGAGACGGAGGUGUAUGAAGAAGAGGAGGAGGAGGCUGAGGAGGAGGUGGAGAAGGUGUUGGGUGAGAUCUUGAAGGAUAGGAUGGACAAGACGGGUGCGCUGCCUAGUGCGCCGCUGCCGCAGAAGCAAAAGCAGCAGCAACAGGUGGAGGAGGAUGAGGAGGAGGAUACAGAGGCCAUGAUGGACCAGAUGAGGAAUCGGUUGGAGGCGUUGAGGAGUUGA